AUGGCGACAUUUACAGAUAAUGACAAAUAUGUUCUAAAUGCGAUUUUCAAUCCAAAUUAUCCCCUAGAUUUUGAUAAAGAACCACCAUCAUCAUCAUCAGAUUCGAUUGAUUUAGAAAAUGCAAAGCAAUCUCUAGAAAUAAAAAAAUUAGAAGAAGAAGGAGUACGAUUAGCUGAGCAAAAUCAUUUAAUCGAGGCUAUUGAACAUUUUAGUCGAGCUAUUGCAUUGAAUCCUCAGAAUCCAUCGGCUUACAAUAAUCGAGCUCAAGCGUACCAGUUACUAAGUAAAACUGAUGAAGCUAUGGUUGACUUGAGUACAGCUAUUGAUUUAACUUCGAAUGGAAAAAAUAAUCAGAAAAUUUUAUCCUUAGCAUUAACACAACGCGGAGUUCUGCAUCGACUCUUGGGUGAUGAAAAAGCAUCCUUAGAUGAUUUUACUCAAGCAGCUGAACUUGGUUCAGCAUUUGCUAAACAACAAAUACUUUUGUUAAAUCCGUAUGCAGCUGCAUGCAAUCAAAUGCUUUCGAAAAUGAUGAAAAAAAUGUCUUGCACAUCAUAA